AAAGUGGCAAGAGAGAAGAAAAGCUAGAUCACGGAUAGGACCCAUCAAUCAAAACUGUUAACAUUCUGCAUUAUGGAAGAGGAGCCACACGAUCAUUACAAGUGCUGAUGAGAUGACGCUUUACCCUUCACUCUGACAUAAAAGCUUUCAAAAUAUGAAUAUCCUUGAAAGCUUUCCGAUAUCACUUUCAGUUUCAGGCCAACUCCAGAAGUUCGGAUCAGGGGCUUUCAUUUUUGUUUGUGUCCGUAUCUUCUAGAGAGAGAAACAGAAGAGAGAGAGAGAGAGAGAAGAAUUUUGGGGUCACGAUGUUUGGCUCCUCCUGCAACUGCUUGUGUUGGAAUAAACACACCGACUUCUCUCUGUCUGAGCCCGAGACCUUCUCUCUCCCUGCGCCAUUGCCCAAAUGGCCUCAAGGUAAAGGUUUCGCUUCUGGAAGAAUAAGUAUUGGAGAACUAGAGGUUUUCAAGGUCACUAGAUUUGAAUUUAUUUGGUGCUACAAUCUCUCACAGGACAAGAACAAAGGUUUUUCAUUUUACAAACCCGCGGAAAUACCCGAUGGAUUCCAUAGCCUUGGUCAUUUUUGCCAACCUAAUAACCAGCCGCUACGAGGCUUUCUCCUUGUGGCGAGGGAAGUGGCUUCACACAUGCCAGAAAGUUGUCAUGCUUCCAAUACUGCUAAGCUACCGGUGCUUUGUGAACCGCUUGAUUAUGUCUUGGUUUGGAGCCCUGAUGACUGGAGUGAGGAAAAGUGUGGUGGAUGUGGCUACUUUUGGCUGCCUCAGGCACCCGAAGGUUAUAAGCCAGUUGGUUUUUUGGUUACGAACAAGCCAGUGAAGCCGAGGUUGGAUGAAGUGAGGUGUGUUCGGUCUGAUUUAAUGGAUGAAUGUGAUGCUUAUCGGCUAUUACUUACUUGCAACUCUAGAUAUAUGAAUUUCUCUUUUCGAGUUUGGAGUACUAGACCACGUCACAGGGGGGUGACGGGAAAAGGGGUACCUGUAGGGACAUUUUUCUGCAGCAGCAGCUGGAGUGCUGGAGAGGACUUGUGUAUUGGAUGCUUGAAGAAUCUGGAUCCAACACUGCCUGCAAUGCCGAACCUUGAUCAAAUCCAUGCUCUUAUUAACCACUAUGGCCCCACUGUUUUCUUUCAUCCUGAAGAGGUCUACUUGCCAUCUUCUGUUUCAUGGUUUUUUGAAAAUGGAGCUCUCCUGUACAGAGCAGGCAUCACGGUUGGUGAACCCAUUGAUGCUUGUGGCUCAAAUCUGCCUGGCGGGGGAACAAACGAUGGGGAGUUUUGGAUCGACUUGCCACGUGAUAAACGAAGAGAAAGCGUGAAACGCGGAAACUUGGAAAGUGCAAAGCUUUAUGCUCAUGCCAAACCAGCUCUUGGAGGGACUUUUACUGACAUUGCAAUGUGGGUGUUUUGCCCCUUCAAUGGACCAGCCACUCUCAAAGUUGGACUUAUGAAUAUAGCUCUUAGCAAAAUCGGGGAACACAUCGGCGAUUGGGAGCAUUUCACUCUUCGGAUAUGCAACUUCACAGGAGAGCUGUGGAGCAUGUACUUCUCACAGCACAGUGGUGGGGAAUGGGUGGAUGCCUAUAAUUUGGAGUUCAUAGAAGGAAAUAAAGCCAUUGUUUACUCGUCAAAAAGCGGACACGCGAGCUUCCCUCAUCCUGGAACUUACAUCCAAGGCUCCUCAACUCUUGGGGUCGGUAUAAGGAACGAUGCAGCCCGUAGCAAUUUGCUUGUGGAUUCAAGCAAACAAUACGAACUUGUUGCGGCAGAGUAUCUGGGAGAUGGGGUUGUGACUGAGCCGUGUUGGUUGCAGUAUAUGAGAUUGUGGGGUCCAACCAUUGUUUAUGAUUCAAGAACAGAGCUGGAUAAGAUGAUCAAUAGGUUGCCUAUGAUGGUUAAAUAUUCAGUAGUGAACUGGUUUGCUAAAGUUCCAGUUGAGCUUUCUAGGCAAGAAGGUCCAACUGGGCCAAAAGAGAAGGACUACUGGCUGGGCGACGAAAGAGGUUAGCUUGAGUAAAAGGUACCAAACCUUGGUAGAUUAUCAUUCUUUGAUUCAUCAACUGUUUUAUUCAGUUACACGGUUAGGAAAACAUGGAAUUCGCAUUGUGU